AACACACAGGCCGGCCAUAUUAGAGAGAUGGAAAUAAAGCUUCCUUAAUGUUGUAUGUGUCUUUGAAGUACAUCCGUGCAUUUUUCUUUUUUUUUUUUUAGCAUCUAACUAUUCUUCCCUUAUAGCCCUUGGCCCCUCAAAUUUCCCUCUCCCAUAUCCCGACUAACAUCUCAGUGUCUGAAAAUGCACAAAGAUGCCUGGCUACCUCGCUCUGCCUUCAGUCUCACGGGGCUCAGUCUCUUUUUCUCUUUGGUGCCACCAGGGCGGAGCAUGGAAGUCACAGUACCUACUACCCUCAAUGUGCUCAAUGGCUCUGAUGCUCGCCUGGCCUGCACAUUCAAUUCCUGCUACACAGUGAACCACAAACAGUUCUCUCUGAACUGGACUUACCAGGAGUGUAGUAACUGCUCUGAGGAGAUGUUCCUCCAAUUCCGCAUGAAGAUCAUUAACCUGAAGUUGGAGCGGUUCCGAGACCGCGUGGAGUUCUCGGGGAACCCCAGCAAAUAUGAUGUGUCAGUGACGCUGAAAAACGUGCAGCUCGAGGAUGAGGGCCUCUACAACUGCUACAUCAUGAACCCACCUGACCGCCACCGUGGCCAUGGCAAGAUCUACCUGCAGGUUCUCAUGGAAGAGCCCCCUGAGCGGGAUUCCACGGUGGCUGUGAUUGUGGGUGCCUCCGUGGGAGGUUUCCUGGCUGUGGUCAUCUUAGUGCUGAUGGUAGUGAAGUGUGUAAGGAGGAAAAAAGAGCAGAAACUGAGCACGGAUGACCUGAAGACGGAGGAGGAGGGCAAAACAGAUGGAGAGGGCAACGCAGAUGAUGGCACCAAGUAACAGGCGGCCGGCCCCACAGCCCCUCCCUCAUGCCCUAUCUCCUUCCCACUCUCUGCUCCGCUCAGCGUGCCCCUGCCUACCCUCUCUUGGUGUGCUUCUCUUAAACCAGGACCCCAGGGCUGACCUGGAGCCUCCUGAACCUUUCACUUUGUGUCCCCCUCCCUGCACCAAGAGUGACCCACCUCUCUUUCAUUUGAGAAAACUGCCAUGAUGUCUGGGAUGUGUGGGCCCUGGGGGGAGGAAGUGAGUUCAAAACUGCCAGUCCCUGAGAGGAGGCAGGAGGCAUGUGUGAGGGUCCC